CACGCCUGCCCGCUGUGUACGUGUGGCCGCCGCCGUGGCACGUUGACACUUCUACCACGCGCACGCCGCUUACUCUCCGUUAUGUCGCUGGGAAAAGCUGCCCGGAGUUUACUAACACCGGCCCGCGGGGUCCUCCGGUCCUCGGCCGCGGCUCUGAACCGGAGCUACGCCGCCGUGGCGGAGGCCAGAGCCGUGCUGGAGACCGAGCUCGACUCGAUCCGAGCCGCGGGGACGUGGAAAGCGGAGCGGAUCAUCACCUCCAAGCAGGGUCCGCAGAUCAGCGUGGACGGCAGUCAUGGCAGUAUUUUAAAUUUCUGUGCCAACAACUACCUCGGGCUGUCCAGUCAUCCAGAAGUGGUGCAGGCAGGAAUUGAUGCUCUGAAGUUGUACGGUGCCGGACUGAGCUCUGUUAGAUUCAUUUGUGGGACACAGGAUCUACACAAAAACCUGGAGCAGAAGCUUGCAGAGUUUCAUGAGAGGGAGGACUGCAUCCUGUAUGCCAGCUGUUUUGAUGCCAACGCCGGAUUGUUUGAGGUGCUGUUGGGCCCAGAGGAUGCGGUGCUGUCUGACGAGCUUAACCAUGCCUCCAUCAUUGACGGGAUCCGGCUGUGUAAAGCUAAGAGGAUGCGCUACAAACACAUGGACCUGAGCGACCUGGAGAAGCAGCUCAAAGAAGCUCAGUCUUCUCGAAUGCGUCUGGUCGUGACAGACGGAGUCUUCUCUAUGGACGGAGACGUGGCUCCUUUGCAGGGGAUCUGUGACCUGGCCGAGCAGUACGGAGCCAUGGUGUUCAUUGAUGAAUGUCACGCCACUGGUUUCCUGGGGCCACGGGGCAGAGGAACAGAUGAGCUGCUGGGAGUCAUGAACAGAGUUCAGAUUGUGAACUCCACUCUCGGAAAGGCUCUGGGAGGAGCAGCGGGUGGAUACACAGUGGGUCCGAAGCCCCUCAUCGAUCUGCUCAGGCAGCGCUCGCGGCCCUACCUGUUCUCCAACUCCCUCCCUCCUCCGGUGGUGGGCUGCGCCACCCGAGCCGUGGAGCUGCUGCUCGCCUCCAAUGAGAUUGCACAGAGUAUGACAAACAAGACCAUGAGAUUCAGGAACAAGAUGACGCAGGCCGGCUUCACCAUUUCAGGCUCGGCUCACCCCAUCUGCCCCGUGAUGCUGGGCGACGCGCGACUGGCCUCUCUGAUGGCCGAUGAAAUGCUGAAACUCGGAAUCUAUGUGAUCGGAUUUUCCUACCCGGUCGUGCCGAAGGGCAAAGCCAGAAUCCGCGUUCAGAUAUCGGCAGCGCACACAGACGAAGACAUCGAUCGCUGCGUCGACGCUUUCAUCCAGACCGGCAGAAAGCAUGGAGUCGUCUCCUGAACUGGACAAUCUCGGAGGAAUUGUCAAUCUAGUCAGCCAAUCAGCUUGCUUGGACAGCCUUGUUACUACAGACCUAUGAAUGAUUUUGAUGGAAAUUGCUUUUGUAGGUCAAUGGAGAAAAAUGUUAUUUUUGUGUUUGCUCGACUGACCAAAAGCUCUUUUGCUACAGUGUUGGUGUUUGUAUAUCUAGAGACAAAGGGCUGUUUAAUCUGGCUUUUGCCACAUUUGUUUUUAUCAGAUGAAGCUUUUCAGACUCGUUUCUCACUCUGGUGUGAUUUUUGAUGAUGGGACGGAUAACUGUUACAUUGAGCGGAUUACUGAAGCUACUCGGCAUCUUGUUGGAGCAUUAUUAGCAUUAAUGAUGGUGAAAUUAAACUCAUCCUUCAACCCAGAAACAACUUAUGUGUUUUU